AUGACCGAGGGGACAACAGCGCAAUACAGUCGUGGUCGUUGGGAUAGCAGUAGAAGUGGUCAGGCCGAGUUGACUGCCAUAUCGACCGAAUCGCAAGCAUCUGCCGUGCAAGAAACUUCGAAUGUAGCAAGAAAAGGUGCUCCGAAAUCGCCGUCGUCUUUGUCCCAGCGAAUGAUCGUAAGUGCUCAAGAGUUAGACAUCGGAGAAUCUCCUCCGAAAGAAGUCUCACUACCCGGUUCGCAUCCUCUUGCCGAAGAAAUCAACCGAAUUGCAGCGGAGCAGUUGAAGUAUGCACAAGCCGGAGUGCACGAUCACGUAUGGGAAUUGUUCACAGAAGAGGGCGAAAUGAAAAUGUACAAGAGAGAAUUGCAAGUCGAUGGUAUCAUUUGUGAUCCUUUGAAAGCAGUUCAUUGCGUUGAGGUUUGUAGUUUGCUCGAAAUUUUUAGCGAUUUGAAAUGUCCUGGCCAUCUUCUAGCCGCGCACUAA